UGUGCCGAAAGAUUUUUGGGCCACGCUAUAAUAUAUCAGGUUUGAUUAGUGGCACAAUUCCUACGUGCAAUCUGACUCACUAGCCAAAUUGCGAGCGCAUAACCCGUCGAUCAACCCUAACCUGCCACCAUCCUCUCCCACUCCCGCCCUCGACCACUAAUGGCGACGGCAGCCACUCCCACCAGGACCUUCCCUCCGACCAGGACUCCACUUAACCGGACCCGCCCGUUCUCCCACUUCUCCCGCCUCCGGUGCUACGCCGGUGCUAAAGCCCCGAUUUUGACCGCCUCCAACCUCACCGACCCCUCCCCAGCGUUCCGAUCUCUCACGGCCUUCGCUCCCGCCACCGUAGCCAACCUCGGCCCCGGUUUCGACUUCCUCGGUUGCGCCGUCGGUGGUGGCCUCGGCGACACCGUCACCGUCUCCGUCGACCCCGCAGUCGCGCCAGGUACUCUCUCGAUCGCCGAGAUCUCUGGAUCCUCUUCUGCCUCCAAGCUCCGGCGUGACCCGCUAUGGAACUGCGCCGGCAUAGCCGGUAUAGCCGCGAUGCGCAUGCUCGGCGUCCGCUCCGUCGGCCUCUCCCUGUCUCUUCACAAGGGCCUCCCGCUCGGUAGCGGCCUCGGCUCCAGCGCUGCUUCCGCCGCCGCCGCGGCGCUCGCCGUCAGCGAACUCUUCGGCGGCCGCCUGACCCCUGACGAACUCGUUCUCGCCGGGCUCGAGUCGGAGAAGAAGGUAAGUGGCUACCACGCUGACAAUGUGGGGCCUUCGAUCUUGGGAGGCUUCGUCUUGAUCCGGAGCUACGACCCGUUUGAGAUCAUCCAGCUGGAAUUCCCACAUGACCGGGAUCUCUUUUUCGUGCUGGUGAGCCCCGAGUUCGAGGCGCCCACCAAGAAGAUGAGGGAAGCAUUGCCGGCAAACAUCCCAAUGAAGGACCAUAUCCGGAACUCGAGUCAAGCCGCAGCCUUGGUGGCUGCUGUGGUGCAAGGCAAUGUGAGGGUUCUCGGAUCUGCAAUGGCAGCGGAUGCAAUCGUUGAGCCGAGGAGAGCUCCCCUAAUUCCGGGGAUGGUGAGUGUGAAGAAGGCAGCAAUGGAGGCAGGUGCCUUUGGUUGCACCAUCAGUGGCUCCGGGCCGACUGCUGUAGCAGUCAUCGAUGAGGAGGAGAAAGGAAAUGAGAUCGCGUCGAGGAUGGUGGAGGCUUUCGCCAAGGAGGGUAAUCUCCAAUCCAUUGCAACUGUGGCCAAGCUUGAUAGAGUUGGGGCAAGGGUCAUUGGAACAGAAGCAGCCUAAAACAAACAGAAUGUUCAGGGUUGGCCUCUGCUUAACGGGGAGGUUUGAGCACACGGGAGAUGAGUUCCAAGCAAUAAAGAAGUGUCAAUCCUUUGAUUCUUACCAGCAAAGAUCAGCUGCAGUUGUAACAGGGUAUUACAAGCCUGGUGAGAUUGUCAUUUUCCUACUAGCAUAUUAUCACUUUGAUUUAGUGUUUUGAAUUGUAGUUUAUCUGGCGGUGAAAUAACUUUUUGCUUCAAGCCUUCUUGUGUGAUGAUGUCUACUGUAUCUAUUUGUACUUGUUUUAACUGCAAGCUCUGUUAUUUCUCUUUCCCUUUUCUUGAAGCACACUUGUGUUUUGACAAGGAGAUAGGCUAUCGUUAAUCACUCAUCUCCACCAAACAUUAAAUCAUCAUCAAUUGUCAUCAUCGUUUGUAGUUUUGAUUGUUCAUGGAUCAUCAUCGACUAUUAGGUCUGAUUGUUAAAUAUUUGUUAGCCAUUGAUUCCCAUUGCUAGUUUGUUAAAAGGACCAUUAAGUUUCAUUUUCGCUCUACUAGAAAACCUCAGCUGGUUAAACCUGUUUUGCCAACUCUAGAGUAAGAAAUGCAACGGAAAUAAAAACACGUAUAAUACAUAAAUACCAUGAAAAGAUAAGAAUGUGAUUGGUGGCGCCGGGGAGGAUCUCAACCAGAAGAAAUCAAGGCCAUUGCGUAAUGCAGCCAGUAGUUUGGAGCCAGGGGUUUGUGUUGCGGAUAAGAAUGCGGUGACCGAAACGAAGGAGCAGAACAAAGCUGUUGGAUUCACAUUUUCAAGGAGAUAUCAGGAUAUUGUCGAAGUAAUUCAUGAGAUAAAGAAGCAGUCUGAUGGUACAUCUGCUACAGCUGAUCGCCAAACUGUUUGAAGUGGGAAAAUUUUUCUAUCACCACAAAAAAUCUGAAUAUAAAGUUUCUGCAAGGAUGAUUUGUGGUUUGUCUCCUCUUUCAACCUCAAAAAUUGAUGAUCUUUUGGUGUUUGAGGAAGAUGAGGCAAUUGGCACUGGAUAACUUUCAUCAACUCUACAGAAGAUUUACAAUUGGGAAUUAAAACUCCUUGAGGAAGUCAUGGCCGAGGAAAAGAUGAGGGUUUUAUACAAUAGAAAAUGUAAGCAGCUGAAUCCACUAAGUAAAAUGGGUGCAGAGGCUGAAAAGCUGGAGUCAGUUGAAGUGUUCAUCAGAAAGCUAUCUGUAAGGAUACAAAUAGCCAUACAGAUAGUAUGCUCAAUUUCAAGUAAAAUCAAUCAAGUCAGGGAUGAAGAGUCGUAUCCGCAAGUUAUUGAACUUAUCCAUGGAGUAAAGCUGAACGACCAUAUGGAUGAAAUAAAACGACUGGAGAUGGCCACAGUUGAUUUGGCAGCUCAUUUUUCUGAUUGGGUCACUGCUCAAAGGAGCUACCUCAAAUCCUUGAACGAUUGGCUUAUGAAGAAACAGAUGAUGACAUUGCUGCUCCUUUUCCGCUUGGGAAAUUAGGUGCACCUUCUAUUUUCGUCGUCUGCAACUACUGGUCCAAGAGUGUAGAUGUCAUAUCGGAAAGGAAUGUUGUCGGUGCAAUGAAGGCUUUUGCUCAUAUUGUUUUUAAGUUAUGGCAACAGCACAGCCUCGAGCAAUGACUUUAAUAACAAAGUCUGAUAAUAAGAGAUAUGGAUAGCAAGCUAAAAUGAGCAACUAAUGGUCAAGCAUAAGAAUAAGUUAAUGCCGAUAUCCAGUGAGAUCGAUAUAUCAGUUCCUGAACAUGCACAUCAUGGUUCCACUAUGAUUAGUUUUCAAUCAAGCCUCAGACACAUUUUUGAAGCCAUGGAAAACUUCGCUGCUAGUUAUGCAAAAGUAUACAAGGAGCACGUUUUGAAGGAUAGAUGAGUGAGCUGACAUGAAACGUUUGCCAUUUCAUUGCAAUUCGAUUAGAACCGGAAGAGUUAGCAGGUGGCAUCCCAAGCGACGACAAGCUUCACUGUCUAGUGGCAUCUGGUUGUGGGGAGGAGAUGGACAAUUCCAACCGGCACAAACAUUGUGGAUAUUAUUUAUAACUUUGGAUUACUAUCUUCCUAUCUCAGGCAAGCAAGUGGUACUGAUAUGUCGAGAGCAACUUAUAGGACUUUUCAUCACUUUUUGGGCAAGACCUUAUCAAAAGCUGUGAAGUAGUGAAAGUUUUUUGAAAAUGCCAUCGAUGCUGGUACUUGCUGCUGCUCUCCUGAAACAUCACCAAACUGCACUGGCCCCUGUUUCGAAACACUUGUCGGCCGAUCGGCCGAAGCUGUGAGAUGCUCAUGAUGCUGGGGUUGGAGCAGUGUUAGUUCUCAUGACCACUAGCACCAAGGUGCUGUUGUGCACGAUGCUAAAGAGCAUAGGACAUGAUAAGUUCACGAGUAUCCAUCGCUUUCAUGGUCACUUCUAAUUCUAUUGUCACUUCUAAUUCUAUUGAUCUUCCCAACCAUGGCACGAAGCAAAAGCUUAGUGAUGUACAUUUGAUAUCUGUAUUGAGGAUCGCUAAUAUCUAAGCUUGUUAAUUCAUUAA